AUUCUGACAUCCGUCCUUCACUGGAAGCCGUUUCCGGUUCCGUUCCGCUGGAAGUGCCCCUGCUAAGGAGGCUCUGGCUGCAGGUAUGGGUCAUGGACAUGAGCACCACGGACAUGGGCCUAAGAAGUUGCAUAUACCAGAUUACAGGAUAUGGAAAAUAGAGGGCACACCUCUGGAAGAAGUUCAGGCCAGGCUCGCAAAAAGGGGUUUGAGGGAUCCAUGGUUAAGGAAUGAAGCCUGGAGAUUCAUGGGAGAGUUUUCUAAACCUGCCACAAUAACCCAAGUUCUCUUCAGAGGUUUUAAAUGGGGGUUUCUUGCCUUUGCCGUGUCACUUGGUGUGGAAUAUGCUUUUUUUCCGCCAAAGAAAGACAGUGGUCACCAUUAAAAUAUGAUUAAAAACAUGUUAAA